CUCGGGCCCUGCACCUGUGAGUCGGUGGCGCUGCUCCUCCGCUGCCCCAUGGCCCCGACCCGGCUGCAGCUCGGCGUCCGCGCCGCCUACUCGGGCUUCAGCUCGUUGGCCGGCUUCUCCAUCUUCUUCGUCUGGACGGUGGUCUACCGACAACCGGGGACUGCGGCGAUGGGGGGUCUCGCAGGUGUCCUGGCCCUGUGGGUCUUGGUGACUCACGUGAUGUACAUGCAGGAUUACUGGAGGACCUGGCUCAGAGGCCUACGUGGCUUCUUCUUCGUGGGUGCUCUCUUCUCCGCAGUCUCCUUUUCCGCCUUCUGCACCUUCCUGACGUUGGCCAUCACCCAGCACCAGAGUUUCAAAGACCCGAACAGCUACUACCUCUCCUGUGUCUGGAGUUUCAUUUCCUUCAAGUGGGCCUUUCUACUCAGCCUCUACGCCCACCGCUACCGGGCUGACUUCGCUGACAUCAGCAUCCUCAGUGAUUUCUAACCCAGGGAAUGAGGUCACCACGGCCUGGGGGCCCUCGGGAGCUGGACUCAGUUUCUGAGUCAUUAAGGGAGCUCGCCCCAACCCCUGGGGACUCCAGAACCAUGGCAGAGUAUAUGGGUCAGUUCGGUUUCCCAGAAAUCUGUCUGGUCCCCUUUCGGGGAAGACAUAGAGCUGUUAAAGAGGAACUGCCAAUAUGCCCAUUAGCCUGGCUACAGGGCAGCUUAGACCUUUCCAAAUGGAUCUAUUUUCUUAGCACUCUGAGGGAUCUUUGUAAGCAAGGCCAUGACAAUGAAUUCAAUGGGUAGGCUUGGAUCUGUGGCCAGUGGCAGGGGCUGGGACAGGUUUCCUUGCUACCCCAGACUUCAUUGAAGCUGUGUGUGUGGAGGCAUCAAAGGUCUGGUCAGGUGAGGGACUUCUAGCAGAGAUCUCCAUCCCAGCUCCCUCACCCUGUUGUCCUCAAGGGUCGGGCAGCUAAGUCCAUUGGUCCUUAGGGAAGUGGCAGUUGGCUCUCCCCUGAUCAGCAUAGUUGAACAGGAGCCAGUGUCUGUCCCUUCUACCUUCCCAUCCAGAGUUUGUUUCCCAUGAGGGUGCUAGUGCCAGUCAACCAUUCCCGUGUGUCACAUGUGCACAUAUGACCACGUACACCAGAGCAGGACCCCUCAGAUGAGGCUAGACUUUGAGGACCACAGGAAACACACCCCUGCACCUAGAAGGGCUUUGGAAUAGGGGGCAACCUGGUGGGGGCCUCCCCAUCUGUACUGAGGCCCCAGCCUUACAUCUCCUCUACCCCUGACUGCACAAGACAACCCUGACCGUGAGGACCUUCUCCCUGCACCAGACCCCACCUUUGACCUUUAACCUUCUCUCUCCCCCGAAGGAGCUCUUCUGAGUGGACAUGGGCCCAAGGCCUUACCUAAGUGGAGAGGGAGGGCAGGGCUGCUACAUGUCUCCUUCUAUGGUAGGUCACCAUUUUGCACAUCUACUAUCCCACCUGGGCACUGUCCCCAGCUCUCUGCCUUACCUGUGUCACUAACGGAAAUACAGCGGCCAUUUUAACCAGC